AUGACAUUACCUGCAAGAUCAACUAGAGGUAAAAGAACAGUUGAACUAUCAGUAACUGAAGAAGAAUUAUGGAAUCAAUUACUUAAAGAAACUGAUAAUGAAAAAGAAGAUCCAGAUUUCGAGAGCGAAGAGGAAGAAGAGGAUUUAGAUAUUGCAUCAGAUGCUGAAUCUAGCGAGGAAGAAGAAAAUGAUGGAGAAAAUGAUGUUGAUGGUGAAAAAGAAAGUAAAAAGAAAUCUUCAAAAUCAUAUAAAGACCCAAAAGCAAAGAAAUCAAGCAGUAAAAAGAAAUCUGCAACUGGUGAUGAGAAAUCUUCAAUGGAGACCGAAUUAGAAAAGCAUUUAUCUACCUCUGAUGGCACCAUUAAUAAAAGAAAAAGAAAAGACUCCUCAUCUCCACCAAAAACACCAACUCAAUCUGAACCAACAUCACCACCAACAAGAAGAUCAUCACAAAGAUCAUCAGCCAUUGAACAAUUACAAAAAACCAAUACAGAUAAAUCAAGAAAUAAAAAAGCAAAAACCGAUGAUGAAAAUGAUGACACUCAAAAAAGCAACACAACAGUUUCACCAAUCUCUACAAGACAGAAAAGAUCCACAAGAACCUUAAUGCAAUCACCACCCAUCACCACAAGAUCAAGAAGAUCAAAUAAAAAAGAAGAGGAAGAUAAUGAAGAUUAUUCAGGUAUCAAGGUAAAUACAGUAGAACUAUAUGGAAUGACCCAAAAAGAAUUAAUUCAGGAAACUAAAGAAACUGAAAUCUAUAAUAUAGAGUCUCUAAAUUUUUUAAUGCAAAAGGAAGAAGAUAGAAAAAAACUACACCAAGCUAAGAAACCAAUUAUAACAGGCCCAAGAAUUAUAUAUAAGUCAAAUGGAGAUGGUUCAACUAUAACAUUUACAGACUCAAUACUACCUGAAUGUUUCACAGACAAUAACAAAGAUAGCAAACUAACUACAGCACCAACACCCAAAAGAGGAGGCAUUGUAGAUCAAAGAAAAAAGAAAAGAAGAUCAACAAAUAGCGAUGAUGUCACCGCUAUUGAAAAUAAACAAAAAACUGAUAAUAUAUCAACAAAUCAAAUAGACUCCACAAGUACAACAGAUUCCUUACCAAAGAAAAUAGUUGAAAUUUGUGUUAUUACAGGUUUACCAGCCAAAUACAUUGACCCAGAAAGCAAACAACCCUUCGCAAACCUUGAAGCUUAUAAAAUUAUAAAAGAAAAGAAAAGACUAGAUGAACAACAAAAAUUAGAAACUAAAAGAAGACCUGCUGUAACACCAGCAACACCAACAUCAGCAUCAGCGACAUCAACAACAUCAACAACAACAUCAACAUCAACAACAUCAACACCAACAACAACCGCCUAUUCUUCAACCCACACCACCUCUCAUAGUAGUCAUAGCCACAGUGGCACCGAAGAAAGAAAAAGAAAAAAAAAAUCAUCGAGCCACAGCAGCUCAUCAAGUCAUACAACAACACAUUCCAAUCCAUAA